AUGAGCUCACCACGCUGGUUGCCUCUGGAGGCCAAUCCUGAAGUACGUCUCAGUUUCGUCAACUCUCUGGGCAUGAAGCUAAGUUGGCAGUUCGGAGAUGUGUAUGGAUUGGACCCAGUUCUGCUCGGCAUGGUUCCAAGACCCGUUUGUGCUGUGCUCCUACUCUUCCCAAUUACAGAGAAGUAUGAAACCUUCAAGCAAGAAGAAGAAGAGCGGCUGAGGAGUCAGGGACAUGAAGUGUCCCCAGACGUCUACUUCAUGAGGCAAACUAUUGGCAACGCGUGCGGCACGAUAGGAAUAAUUCACGCGGUUGCUAACAACUUGGCACACUUGGAAUUCGAACCUGACUCUGCUAUGAAGAAAUUUGUUGAACUCACCUGUAAAAUGAAUCCGCAAGAAAGAGGCGCCGUGCUGGAGAAAGAUGAGAGUAUACGUGUCAUGCAUGAAUCCAGUGCACAGGAAGGACAGACUGAGGCACCAGGCUUAGACGAGAAAGUCAACCUUCACUUUAUAGCUUUUGUGAACGUCGGAGGGCAGUUGUAUGAAUUAGAUGGUCGUAAACCCUUCCCUAUUCUCCAUGGGAAAACAUCAGAAGAUACUCUCCUUGAGGACGCGUCAGAGGUUUGCAAGACGUUUAUGGCCCGUGACCCGCAGGAGGUCCGCUUCACCAUCAUCGCCCUCUCCAAAGAUUCUUAG